CCCGCGCUGAGCCGGGGAGGAGGGGCGGGGGACGCCCGUGCGGCCGGUGCGUCUGCCCUCAGUGAGGCGGGGCGCGCGGCGGACGCCCCCGGGCAGGGGCGGGAGUGGUGGAGGGCCGGUGGUUGGCUGUGAAAGGGGCGGUGAGCGAGGUGGUUCGGUCUCAAGGCGAGGCUUGGCCUCCCCAGCAGAGACGGGGGGAAGAGGCGGCGGCAGCGGCGGCCCUUGGGCCGGUUGGUGAGGCGAUGGCGGCACCAGCCCCGGGGCCUGGCGGAGCCUCUGGUGGCGCUGGCUGUAGCGGCGGCGGCGGCGCGGUCGGCGGCUCGGGAUCCGGGUCCGCGGGCGCAGGGGGCCGGCUGCCCAGCCGGGUGCUGGAGUUGGUGUUUUCCUACCUGGAGCUGUCCGAGCUGCGGAGCUGCGCCCUGGUGUGCAAGCACUGGUACCGCUGCCUGCACGGUGAUGAGAACAGCGAGGUGUGGCGGAGCCUUUGCGCCCGCCGCCUGGCAGAAGAGGCUCUGCGCACGGACAUCCUCUGCAACCUGCCCAGCUACAAGGCCAAGGUGCGUGCUUUCCAACAUGCCUUCAGCACUAAUGACUGCUCCAGGAAUGUCUACAUUAAGAAAAAUGGUUUUACUUUACAUCGAAACCCCAUUGCUCAGAGUACUGAUGGUGCAAGGACCAAGAUUGGUUUCAGUGAGGGCCGCCAUGCAUGGGAAGUGUGGUGGGAAGGCCCUCUGGGCACUGUGGCAGUGAUUGGAAUUGCUACAAAACGAGCCCCCAUGCAAUGCCAAGGGUAUGUGGCAUUACUGGGCAGUGAUGACCAGAGCUGGGGCUGGAAUCUGGUGGACAAUAAUCUACUACAUAACGGAGAAGUCAAUGGCAGUUUUCCACAGUGCAACAAUGCACCAAAAUAUCAGAUAGGAGAAAGAAUUCGAGUCAUUUUGGACAUGGAAGAUAAGACUUUAGCUUUUGAACGUGGGAUAUGAUUCCUGGGGGUUGCCUUUAGAGGACUUCCAAAGGCCUGCUUAUAUCCAGCAGUUUCUGCUGUAUAUGGCAACACAGAAGUGACUUUGGUUUACCUUGGAAAACCUUUGGAUUGGAUGACAGUGGCUUUCUUGGGAUGAAAAACUGAAUGGAAGAAGAUACCUGCUUGUGGAAAGUAGAAUCAUGAAGUGACAGUGUCAUACAUGCAUGCCCAAGAACAUCCUGAAAAACACAUGAAAUUGUUAACUGGAGAAGCAACUCUACAGCAGAGAUUAUCUUAGUGUUUCCUCUUUCUACUGGGCCAGAAAAAUCCUCAGGGUUGCAGUUGGUUGAGUGGGCAGUUGACAUAUGCAUGUUGCAACAGAUUUUGUCUCUAAGUUAGCAAUGUGUUAUUUCCAACUUUUAAGGUGAGAUUUUAGAGAUGCUAUAAAAGGGAUAAGAUAAGGAAAUAGCAAGAUUUUUAAGUAGUGUGUUUGUGAAGAAGACUGAUCCUGUUUUACAACUGCCUGUUUUUUCUCCAGACCCUUUUUUCCAGCCAGCUUGACUAUUAGAAAAGUAUGAAACUGGUUGGGUUUUAUUAAUAUUUUUAAUAUAUUGAGAAGCAUGGUCUGCCUGGACUGCACUUCUCUAACAGUGAGAUGUAAAAUUGUGCAGCUAUUUUAAAAGUUGUAUAUAUAAUAAGUGUGUAAAAAAAACCUGUAAAAACAAAACAGGACAAAGGGGUUGCUUGUUCUAGUUCAAUUUCUUAAAAGCCACUACAUGGUACAAAAUUAGAAUAACAUUUAGGGAAAAUUAGGUAACUACAAAGAAGAGGAUUAAGAGGAGAUGUGCUGUAUUGGCUCAUUUUAAAUUAAUUUGGUUACAGUUUCCAUAGCUAUUACAGUCUGGUUAUUUUUCUUUUAAUGAUCAAAAUUAUUGUAAAGAGUCCUCAGUCUCUUGAGUUUAAGAUUGAGGGAAGGCAAAUCUAUUUCUAAUCAUACAUGUAUCAGUAGUAAUAAGAUAAUGUGCAUCUUAUAGUAUCUGGUUUAUUUUUUGGCCUUCUGAGAAAGUAUCUCAUAACACACAGAACAUUGGCCAUUUGCUCUUACAGGCCUCAAAUAUGAAAGCUGUUAGUCACAGACCUAAGGAAGAGAAUUAAUGGUCCUUUUAUUUUGUAAUUUCAUAAUGCUAUAGAUAUAUAAUUUUUUUAAUUUUAUAUUGUUUACAUCAUGGCAACAAAUCUAAGCCUCAGACUCUUCAUUGGGGUUAUCAAGAAAAUGUUUACUCACCCACCUGAAACAGUGCCAGCCUGAACCCAGGUUAAGAAUGUUCUUAAUCUCAUCAUAGAUAAUUGCCCCCAUGGGACUUGAAAUAAAAUACCUUGUGCUGAAAACUUCAGGUUGGCAAUAUUUUGAAGGUUUCAUUGUAGAAGAGCUUGACAUUAGUUUUUGACUAAUAAAUCUGAUUUCACUAAUAUUCUUGAGUUAAUCUAACAUACAUGAGCAGAGAUUUUCUUUUGUUAUAAGAGAAACAAACAUCCUUCCGUAUGAAAGUAUAAAUGUAUGGUUUCAGAUGCAUCUUUGUGAUAAGAAUUGACUAAGGCAGAUGAAAUCUUUGCCUUUUAGGUUACUGCUGUGCGUAAUUUUGUUUUAAAUCUAAUCAAAUUAGAGAUACCAAGCAGCUGGCUGGGGUUCUUGGGUUGCUCCUUGAGAGUUAAGCUUAUCAGUACUCUCAUGAAGCAGGGGAUUUCAGUCAUGAACAAGAUUUAUUUUGCCACCUGACAGGUUUACAAUAUUUAUUGUGUAUUUGGUAUGUUGCUUAAGGUGAAAUCCGUUAAAAGUCCUUUCAAUAUCCAUGUCAAGAAGAAACCUCCUGAAAAACCAUAUUUAAUAGUACAGAGUAAGACUAUAUGUUAAAUGUAUUAGAGAAUAUAGCUGCUACAGAAAUUGAUUUUCUUGGUGUAGAACAACUCAAUUAAUUGGCAAAGUUUAAAAUUUAAAGAAAACUGGUUCAGGAUGAAGAUUGAUAAAUGAUAAAACAAUAAAGUCCCUUAUGUGCUUGGUCUUUUUUCAGGGUAUGAUAUAGCCAAUUCCAAGAGCGUUUGCGAGAGUUUUGUUUAUAAAUUCUGUUUGUCUUAUUAGUAAACAUUCAUUUGUAACAAAGUUUGAAGGUGCUGAAUGGAAAACAGAAACAUGGGGUUAUUGCACAUUGAACCUAGAAUCAAAUAAUUGCCUAAAUAUUUAACAAAAAGCCAUUCUUAAUCUCAAAACUGAAAUUCUCUAAUAUGCUAUUUGCAAUUUUAUAGAAUGGAGGUUCAUAUUUAGAAUGAGCAUCAGGGGAAUGAAGAACCUUCAUUUGUAACGUGUGAAGUAUUUUAUUACUGGAUACCAAUAGUUGUUACAGAGAAUAUUAAACCAAACUAUUACAAUGUUCAAGGAAAAGGAAUCUCUUUUUCAUUGGUGCUGAGAGAGCAUUCAGGUAGAAGAUGUCGCACCUGAAAGUUGAGUGUCAGUCAUCUAAACAGUGGUUCUCAACUUAGCUGUACUUUGGGAGUCAUCUACAUUUUGAAAAAUCUUGAUGCUUUAGGGUCUCAUACCCUAAAAUUCUGAUGUUGUUCUGAUGUUGGACAUGGUCAUAAGGAUUUUUUUAAGCUUCCUAGGUGAUUCAAUAUGCUGCUAAGGUUGAGUUUUAAAUUCACCUUAAGUUUUCUCAUCUGCAAAUUAAAAAAAAAAAAAAUCCCUGCUCCCUUCACUACCUCACAAGUAUAUUGAGGGUAAAGGAGAAAUAAUGGGAAAGUACUUGUGUGAUGGAUAAAAAGUGCUAUUGAAAGGCAAAGUAGUAUUUGUUGUAUUUCAACUGAAACUAUGAUCAGGAAAGAAAAAUAUGUAAUUGAAUUUACUUUGUUGACUUGGGAAACCGGGAGCGUUCUCUUUGGUUCUUAACUUUAGUGAGCAUGCAGAUGUGCAAACACUCAAUACUAUUACUCUUAUUCAUACUAUGGUCUUCUGUCAUACUUGAGAUAGGCUGUUUAAUUAUCUGGUUCUACAUAGGAAAGAAACAUUAAGGCUUAAAUUCUGUAAUGGGCCAAUGGCUCACAAUUCAUUAAAACUUUUCAUACAAGGA